AAUUUAGCUGCUUGCUCUGCGUAAUUACGAAGUAAACGUUAUUUAGUGACCAAGCCUCUUUUACGUGGUUCUGUACUAAAUCCCAGUUAUUAAGUUAGUUUAUCAUUCUUCUGCGAUUGUUUUUCAACUGGAUUGCUCAAUAAUUUGAUUGUUUUACUUGAAAGCUAGAAUUCAAUAUGACACCCAACAUCCAGACUUUUAUCAAUAGCUUCCAAAAUAGACUUGAACCUCCAGUUCGUCAACAUCUCAAAAAUGUUUAUGGAACACUGAUGAUGACUUGUGCUUCGGCAUCUGCUGGUGUCUAUGUGGACAUGUUCACAAGAUUCCAAGCUGGAUUCCUCUCAGCAAUCAUUGGAGCUGGCCUGAUGCUCAUGCUUAUUGCUACUCCAGACAAUGGCAAAAACACAAAUCAAAGACUUGCAUAUCUCUUAGGAUUUGGUUUAACUUCAGGUAUGAGCAUGGGACCCUUGAUGGAGUAUGUCAGUGUUGUGGAUCCAUCAAUAAUAGUGACAGCGCUCUUGGGUACCACACUAGUGUUUGUGUGCUUCUCAGUGGCAGCAAUGCUGGCUGAGCGUGGUAGCUGGCUGUUCCUUGGUGGUACUCUAAUGACACUACUUACUUCUAUGUCCCUGAUGACUAUUUUCAACCUGUUCAUGCAAUCACAUUUCCUUUACCAAGCACACCUUUACCUUGGCCUAAUGUUGAUGUGUGGAUUUGUACUAUUCGACACACAACUUAUCAUCGAGAAACGCCGAAUGGGAAGCAAGGACUUUGUUCAACAUGCCCUCGAAUUGUUCAUUGACUUUAUUGGCAUGUUCAGAAGACUGGUCAUCAUUUUAACACAAAAGGAGGAGCAAAAUCGUCGCCGCAAACGUGAUUAAACCCUGGUUUGACUGUAACUUAUUUUGAGGAAAUUUAUAUUCCAAAAAUAUUUGUUUAUUACAUAUAGAUUAUAAUACUGUUUUAAAAUGUUUGAUUAAUUAAUGAAGGUGUAAAUUAAAACUGGUUGGAAUAAAAAUAUUUUACUGAU